AUGGCGGAGGAAGAAGUUGUUGCUGCUAUAUCUGCGUCGCCAGUCGAUCUCAAGCGCAAGCUCGAUGAGAUUAAGCCUGAGCUCGUUGAGCAACAUGCUGGCUCCAAUGGAGUUACUAUGGCAGCAUCUGAUUCUUCUCACGCAAAGCGACCUAAGCUCGAAGAUGAGGCGGCCGAUGGGUUAUUUCCAAAGGACUAUGUAUUGAGUAUUACAGAUUUCCUUGAGCUUGUGAAUAAAAAGGAUGAGAAUCAAGAUUCUGAACCUCUUGUUAAGCAAAUUAAGGAGCUCAUUAUUGUCGGCGAGUCUGAAAAUCAGCCAGCAGAUGCUCAUGUUAAGCCUGAAGAUAACCAACAAAGUUAUGUUCAGGCCCCAAAAUCUCAGGAAGAUACUGCUGAAGAGUGUAAGGAUGUCAACGGUGGUGAACCCCAGAAGGAGGGUGAUGGUGAAAGUAAGGGAUUGAAUGAUAGCAGUUUUCAGAAUGAGAUUGGUAAAGAAAAUCAAGAAGUGGGUGGUGAUAAUUCUCAGAAAGAGGUUGAUAAUACACGGUCGACAACUCGGAGGAUUUAUGUCCCAAAUUCAAAGGUAGGUGUGUUGAUUGCUAAAGGUGGGGAGACUAUACGAUAUCUUCAGAUCAACUCUGGUGCCAAAAUCCAAAUUUUGAGGGAUUCAGAGACUGAUCCCAACUCAGCAUUAAGACCAGUGGAGAUAAUUGAAACUAAUACACACAUUGAAAAUGCUGAGAAUCGUAUCAAUGCAGUCAUAGUAGAGCUUCAACUGACAGGUUGGUCUGAUUAUUGGCCAAGGUGGGGACACAAUCAAGAACAUGCAGACAAGGUCGGGAGCGCGCAUUCAGAAGGUGAUAGAUUAAAGGAAAGGACUGUCCGUAUUUCUGGAGAUAAGAGGCAAAUUGACAUAGCAACCAAGAUGAUAAAAGAUAUUAUGUACCACUCUAUUGAGUACUCUCAACCGCCAAUGCAAAUCAAUACGUCAUUGAAUAGCUACAUGUUAUGUGAAGCUGGUUUACAUGCCCUUAAGUAA